CUCUAUAUAACCGGCUCGCGGCGCCUGCGCGCAGAAAGGCAGGCAGCAGGCGAGGCUGGGUGGCAGUUGGCGCGGGAACCAUGUCGCGCUACGGCCGCUAUGGAGGCGAGACCAAGGUGUACGUGGGGAACCUGGGCACCGGCGCCGGCAAGGGCGAGCUGGAGCGAGCCUUCAGCUACUACGGGCCCCUGCGCACCGUCUGGAUCGCGCGGAACCCGCCGGGCUUCGCCUUCGUGGAGUUCGAGGACCCGAGGGACGCGGAAGACGCGGUGCUCGGACUGGAUGGAAAGGUGCUGUGUGGCUCGCGGGUGAGAGUGGAGCUGUCCACGGGCAUGCCCCGCCGCUCCCGCUACGACAGGCCUCCCGCGCGGCGCCCCUUCGAUCCCAACGACCGAUGCUACGAGUGUGGAGACAAGGGUCAUUAUGCUUAUGACUGUCACCGCUAUAGUCGGAGGAGGAGGAGCAGGUCACGGUCUCGAUCUCAUUCAAGGUCCAGAGGAAGAAGGUAUUCUCGGUCACGCAGCCGAAGCCGUGGUAGGAGAUCCAGGUCAGCUUCCGUUCGCAGAUCGAGGUCGGUAUCACCUCGUAGAUCUAGAUCAGCCUCACCCCGUAGAUCCCGAUCACGUUCUCUAAAAAGAUCAAGGUCUAGAUCAAGAUCCAGAUCCAGAUCUGCUUUAUGGCCACGAAGCAGCCGAUCAAAGUCCAGAUCACCAUCUCCAAAGAGAAGUCGUUCACCAUCAGGAAGCCCUCGAAGGAGGAGUGCAAGUCCUGUAAGAAUGGACUGAAAUUUCAAAGUUAACCUUUUAGGAAGAAAGUUAUUUUGUUUACGUUGUUAUAAGGGAUUUUGUGUCUGAUGUAAAUGGUAAGGGCUUAGUCCUAGAAGGGUAUUUCAAUCAAAUAACAAUUGGCCUGGAUUGGGAUCUUCUAAAUUGUGACAUCACAUUCAUAGAUUAGUGCGCAACUUUUUUUGUUGUAUGCAUUUGCAUCCUGUGAUCUGAAAAUGUGGACUUUUUUUUUAUUGACACAUAGAAAUAAAAUGUGUAUUUCUAACUAAAAACCUCUUUGUGGUAGACCUACUGCUUCUGUUAAUGCUUCAGUAACUUUAAAGCAAGUCAUGUAUGUCAUUGAAGUUGUCAUUAUAAAGGUAGUCAAACUUAAAAAAUUGAUGGCUAUCAAACAGUCAUCUCAGUUUAUUUUGAAUUCUAGAAAAAGGUGUAUCUUUAAUUUCUGCUUUUGUUCUGAGAUAUGGAUGAGGUGACGCAAGUUAAAGGUGAUCUGCAAAGUGUUAUUACAGAAGGUGCUUGUGCCUUUUUUUAAUACAUUUUUGAUUCUGAAAGUGUCCUAAAAGGAAGUGUAACUUUUGUUCUACUGGUUUUUGACUUAAAAUGAUUGGGAAUGUAAAGUCUAGUCUUCCCUGGCCAUAUUGGAGAAUCAAUGAGGUAUAAAAUGUUUUGAAUUCUUAAAUGAAGGUGUUGAAAGGAGUUUUUACUCACAGUGAAGUUAAAUGGCUGUUAACUUUUAACCAGAGUGUUUACAAAAUUGUAAACAGCUCAAUUGCUCCUACUUUUUACAUAUAAAGAAGCCGAAAAGGGCACAAGCACAGGGUUGUGGGUUUUUUUUUGCAGGUUACCUUUAAACCGUGCAUGUUGAGGGAGAAAAAAAAUACAGCUGUCACGACUUCUCUUCUGCAACCAACUUUGUCCAAUUAAACAAAUUAGGGGGGGAAAUGAACUAAA